CACUUCUCUUCUUCUUCCCUAUCCCUAAUCCUAGCCCUGGUCCUGACCCUGUGAUAUGUUUCAUUUUGCAGCAAGGGGUCAAGCUACUAAGUAGUACAAUCAACUGCCAACAUUUCGUCAUUAUUGCACACCGGUCUCAGUCCUAACUUCUCCCUCAAUGAUCUUAAGAAGAUCGAGUUCUCACGCCGAGAUCUCAAAGCCUAACACCAAAAUGGCCACUUCUUUCACCUCACUCACUCCAUUUUCCAUGGGAGACUCGUCAGAGAUUUCUGGUGAUCAUUUAGAUGAGACACCUCGUCGUCGAUCUACGCGAAAGCGUAAGUCGACUGAGAAAUCUCAAGCGUUUUCCGCCACUCCUAAGCGUCAGAAGUUGACUUCUGCACCGUCCUCGUCCUGGAGAAGUUCACCACCAGUUUGGCAGUCUUCACCUGCUGGAACCACCACCACUAACAUGACCAACGCCAUGACCCAGACCAUAACUCCACCAACCAACAAGCACGACACUCGUCACAAACCUGCCAAUCUCAAUCUCAAACACAAAGACAAACAAGACACUGUCUCAGCUUCAGUCGAAGACGACUCCCUUCGCCGUUCGUCGAGGAAGAAACGGCCUACCGAAAAGGUUGGAACUCCCGAAUCACUCAAAACCCGUAAAUAUCAUCGUCAACCAUCAUUGUCAAUCCAUGCAUCUCCCGUUCGAGAGGAUAGCACAUCAAGCAUUAUUGUUGGUCCCAUCACGGAAGUCGAUAUCGACAUCAAAGUCGUCUCGCACAAACACAAACACACCAUUCCAGCUUCAGUCGAAGACGACUCCCUUCGUCGUUCAUUGAGGAAGAAAAAGCCUACUGAGAAGGUUGAAAGUCCCGAAUCAUUCAAACCCCGUCCAUACCAUCGUCACCCAUCGCUCUCCAUCCAUGCAUCGCCCGUUCGAGAGGCUAGCAUGUCAAGCGUUGUUGUUGAUCCCAUUUCGGAAGGCAAUGUUGAUGUCAAUGUCGUCUCGCAAGAUUCUCUGCUGGCGGAGGAAUCAUGCGCUGAAGCGACAAAAUACGCCUAUACUUCCACCUCCACCUCUGAACAACAACAAACAGGAACAAGACUCUCUCCACCAACUUCCGGAUCGGCCAACUUGCACCUUCUCUGGACUGCCGGAGAGCUUACAGACGAUGAAAUCGAUCAAAUCUGCGCCAAGAUACAAGAUCAUGACGCGUGGCCAUUCCCUCCUGGAGGAUGUGAUAACAAUCCAAGUUUGAGACGUUGGUAUAUCCGUCAAAUCUCGUCUGCUGUCAUCCGACACAAAAUCCCCUGCUAUUCCGAUGCUUCUACUCAGAUGGAGUUCUUCUCAUGCAUUGCAGAGCUUUGCACCGAGUCGUUGCCCUUUUCAAUCUCCUCUGCCGUCGCCAAAGCCAACAGUGAGAUGCGAGUUGAAUGGAAAAUCAGAGAGGAGGAAGAAAUUGCAAAGCAGGAGCGAGCAGACCGGAAGAAAGCAAAGCAACGAUUGGACGCAGCGAAAAAGAUGCAUUCAAAGAUGAACGACGAUGCGGGAGAAGGUCAUGGCGGAGAUGAGUCGGAAGGAGCGAUCAUGAAAUCAAUCAUCGAUGCUAUGCAACAAAAGGUUGAGGCUGUCAAUCAGGCCGGUCGCACGGAUGACAUGAGGUUGGCAAGGAAGAAAUGGUUGGGGUUUGUGACGACGUUUCUUGCCGAUGCGGAGACAGUCUUGAAUGAAUUGGAAGGAUUCGACAAGCAACCCAUCGGUCUUCCCAGCCCGGAGAACAGUCAAGAUGCAUAGUCAGUCAGUCAGUGCAUGGCGACGUCGCAGACAGAGGGAAUCAUUGAGCUGGUGAAC